AUUGUGAAUUAAGUUUGAAAUGUCAGUCAUUUAAAUUUAAUUUAAAAAUAUUUGGUCAUUGUUGUUAUUACUUUGGUUCUAUACUAACCUUUAUUUACAAUGUUUUCUGUUGCCCUGUUAUUUCUUUUUUUGGGGUCAUCUUUUGCCUAUGUGGAUAAAAAAGCUCCUCCCCAAUGGAACCCCGUGUACACAGUGAAGGGGUUACUUUUCAUACCCUAUGCUGAGCUUCGCGAGCCUUUCUAUGCUUGGUUUGACAGCAACAAUGGUAAAUCCCGCAUUGACUAUUACGGUGGGAUGGUCAAGACGUACCAGUUGUCGGCGGCCGCGUAUCGCCAAUAUGGUACAUCUAUCAAGCUGGCGCCGGUGACGACUGAGAAGGAGCUGAACAAGGAAACAUGCCUGCAGGUGAACGGCACUAAAAACGAAGAGAUAACCAUCCAAACAGUGCUGCCCGAUAUGACGGACUUCAGCUAUGUUGGAUCAGAAGUUAUGGAGGAUUCGGAGACUUUCAAAUGGCGUAUGGUGAAGACUGUAGGGGACAAGAUCAAUAAGUACACCAUGUGGGUGAAAUACAGGAAGGCACUCAGGGGUGACCCCAUCGCUAUACCGGUCAGGUAUGAGAUGAAGGGUUUCAACUCGCUGCUGGGCUCGCAUUACGACCAUUACUACAUCAGCUACAACGAGUACGACGUGGAUGACAUUGACCCCACUGUGUUUGUUGUUGGCUCCGAUUAUCAAUGCACGUCGUUCCCCGGCCCCGGCUCCCGCCACUAUGCCACAUUCAACCCCAUGAAAGAGUUCGUCCACCCAAUCCACGAUGGCCACGUUCAUGAUGAAUUCGAGAGAUUUAAAUCAAAACACGACAGGCAAUAUGAAGACAGUGUGGAACAUGAAAAACGUUUGAAUAACUUCAGACAGAAUCUCAGAUUCGUGCACUCGAGUAACCGCGCUCGGCUCGGCUUCACCUUGGCGGUGAACCACCUCGCCGACCGCACUGAUGAUGAGAUAGCAGCGCUGCGGGGCCGCCGGUACAGUGGACCCAACCCUGGUCUUCCGUUCCCAUACACCGAAGCUGUUGUGGAGGAAAUGGGUGAUAAACUGCCGUCGGAGUUCGAUUGGAGGCUCUUUGGUGCUGUUACACCGGUAAAAGACCAGUCCGUGUGCGGUUCUUGCUGGUCCUUCGGCACCGUGGGGGCUGUAGAGGGCGCCCUGUUCCUGCAUAACGGCGGACACCUCGUCAGGCUCAGUCAACAGGCGCUCGUUGACUGCUCUUGGGGUUUCGGCAACAACGGCUGUGACGGCGGCGAAGACUUCCGAGCGUACCAGUGGAUCAUGAAGCACGGUCUGCCCACCGAGGAGGACUACGGUGGAUACUUGGGACAGGACGGUUACUGCCAUGUGGACAACGUGACGCUGGUGACCUCGAUGAAGGGAUGGGUGAACGUUACCACCAACAAUGAGAACUCACUCAGGUUGGCGAUCUUCAAACACGGCCCCGUGUCCGUGGCAAUCGACGCCUCCCGCAAGACCUUCAGCUUCUAUUCGAACGGAGUGUACUACGACCCGGCCUGCAAAAACAAGAUCGACGAGCUCGACCAUGCGGUCCUGGCCGUUGGGUUUGGCAUACUGAAAGGCCAAAAGUACUGGCUGGUUAAGAACUCGUGGUCCAACUUAUGGGGUAACGAUGGGUACAUUCUGAUGUCUAGUAAGGACAACAAUUGUGGUGUGGAGACAGCGCCCACAUAUGUGCUUAUGUAAGCUUAUGGGUGGCGCGAAGGAAAAAUUGGUAAGAGUAAGAGACAAUUAAAAAAAAAAAAAGAUUUUAUUAUUAAUAAGGGUUUCUAUUUUUUUUUUCUAUUUUAUAUCCUCUCAACUGUGUCGCGUCCGCUGAACGGACAUAUAGAGAUAAUAAUGUCAUAUAUACUGUUUUGUCUAAACUAGAUUGGCGAUAAGCUUAAAUGAUUGUAAACAAACCACCUCUUGUCCCUGACGCCAAGAAUGUACGUAAAGUAAUGAAAUAGGAGGCCCACUUAAGUGUCAAUUGAAGAGGGACUUUUUGGUCCAUGUUUAUAAACAAGUGCUGUAUAAAAAAAAAUGUAUUGGAAUAUAGGACAUUUUAUUUUUAUUCUAUCAAGUAUAUAAUAUUGUACAAAAAAUAUAUAAUUUUACACCCAGCAAGGUCUUAGUUUUUUAAUAAUUGAAAAAUAAAAAGUAAUUUAUAGGUGACCCCAUUUUAUUUCUCAUAGAACAGUUGCGAUGCAAUUUAAGUCUAGUGUAAUGUAAGAAAUUACAUAAGGAAUCUAGUUGGAAUAUAAAUCUAAUCUGAAUUUUGUAUAAUUCCAAUUAGAUUUCGGAAAAAUCAAGUUUUUUAAACCUAUACGCUAAAAAUACCUAGUCUGUGUAAAGUCCGCUUACAGGACGCCACAGAUGUGGAUUUUCCACCAUCUUGCAUGACACAGUUGAAAGGAUAUUUAAGGUGAAAUCGAAUUGUUAGCGACUCGAUGUCGACUUUUGUUACUUUGGGUUAAAGUUUAAUUUCGCUGGUAGAAAUACAUCACCUUCAAGGCAAGAGCUGUUUCCUUUUUAAAAAGCCAGCAUACUUGUAAUUCUCCCGGUAUUGUGGGUGCUUAUGAACGGCGGUAUUCACUUACCAUUAAGUGAGCUGUAUGCUCUUUUGUCCUUAGUGUUUUUUUAAAAAGAAUAAUCUAUAAAAAUUACGCUAACGAUUUCGUUUUCGCCUUUUAGUUUUAUACUAUAAAAGAAAUUAAUACGCGCGUUUUUUAUUAAUGGAAAUUUGUGUCUAUUUGAUGACAAAUAAUACUCAUAUACUCAUUAAAUGAAAACCAUGACAUUUAGUAUCGGUAUAUAUAUAUAUAUAUGUAUAUAUAUAUAUGUAUAUAUAUAUAUAUAUAUAUAUAUAUAUAUAUAAGUAAAGUAUAAUAUAAAGUCAUAAUGGCGUGAUUCUAAUUUAUAAAAGUAAAUUUUUUGCAGGACAAAUUGAAAAUUAAUAAAAAUCGCUAUCGCACUUAGAUAAUGAACUCUGCGAUUUAUAGAGUUAUUUAUCUAUGCCACUGCUAACAUUUUGAUAAAUGUCAAGUCCACAUAAAAAGUUUUUACUCAAUAUAAAAAAAAAAAAAACGUAGAAUUAAGACAGCAGAUACUAUUCUUAAUUUAACAAAAUUAAAAAUCGAAUUGUAUUAUUUUACUUUUUCAAAAAAUAUUACUGGCUGGUUAGAGGUUAAUGUGUAACUUUUUAGUGUUUCAUUGUACUUAUUUUUUUUUUAUUAAAAUAGACAUUCCCGCGCAUUUUAUAAGUAAAUAUUCAGAUACGUUCACAACUAAUUAGUUAAUUCAAGAAGAUUAGAUGUUUUUAGAUAUUAAGAAUGUACCAUGGCAAAGCAAUCUCAUUUGUUAGUUUAAGUCACGGCUGUGUCAUUUGUAAAACAUUCCCCGGCUUACAUAUUUGUAUUUUAAAUAGUUGAAAAGUUUGUAAGAGAAAAAUAAAUUUGUUUAGUAAAA